AUGUCAACAUUUCAGCCCGUCAACCCAAAGCCGUUCCUCAAAACGCUUUUGAAUAAGAGAGUCAUUGUGAGGUUGAAAUGGAAUAAAAUGGAGUACAAGGGCACCCUUUUGGCGAUUGACAACUACAUGAACUUGCAACUUGACGAUACGUAUGAGAUCAUAAGAGAAGGAAAAGAGAAAAAGGAGGAGUUGAUCGGUGAAAUCUUCAUACGAUGCAACAACGUUUUGUUUGUCAGAGAAGACGCAGAGUCCAAAGGUGACGCCAAAGAGCCUGUGAAGGAUGAAAAGAUGGAGGAGUCCUGA